AUGAGGUCGGCCCCUAGCCCCGUUGGCGUCCCUCCUCAUGGCAAUGGUGACGGCCGCGCCAGCCUCCGUCAAGGCUCGAGCACCGUGCAUUUUCUCCUAGACUCGAAAUAUACACCGGGUCUCGAUAGCCGGAACUCUGCCCUGAGGUAUCUCGCGUACUCAUGGCACAUCACCAAGGUCACCCUUCUGAGCAGCUAUGUCAACUUCCUCCUGGUUAUGGUCCCCGUCGGCAUUGCUGCCGGAAAGCUGGGCUGGAAUCCCAUUGCCGUCUUCACCAUCAACUUCAUUGCCAUCAUGCCCCUCGCUGCUGUCAUGUCGUUUGCGACCGAAGAGAUCUCUCAACAGCUGGGCGAAACAAUGGGUGGCCUGCUGAAUGCUACCUUUGGAAAUGCCGUAGAGCUAAUUGUCAGCAUUGUUGCGCUCAAGGAAAAGCAUAUCGACAUUGUCCAGGCCUCUAUGCUCGGGUCGAUCCUCUCCAAUCUUUUACUGGUGAUGGGCAUGUGCUUCCUGUUUGGUGGUAUCAUCCAUCGCGGUUCGACUGGCAACGGUACAGAGCAGGUCUUUUCUUCGGCUACAGCACAGACUACCUGCUCGCUCAUGGCACUCUCGUCUGCCUCGCUCAUCAUCCCCGCUGCCCUGUCUGCCGUCCUUGACCAGAGCGGCUUCAGGGACAAGGACCGGAGCAUCCUCGCUCUGUCGCGCGGAACCGCCAUCAUACUGCUUCUCCUCUACGUCCUCUAUCUCGUCUUCCAGCUUCGUACUCACAGCAACCUUUUCGACGCCGAGAACCAGAACUCUAACGGGCAUGAGGAACACGAGGAGCCCGAGGAGCCCAGCCUGGGCACCUUCAGCGCUGUCGCCGUCCUUGUUGUCACCACCAUCAUGGUCGCCAUCUGCGCCGACUACCUUGUGGGAAGUAUCAACGGCCUUGUCGAGACGUCAGGCAUAAGCAGGGCUUUUAUUGGCUUGAUUUUGAUCCCCAUUGUCGGAAAUGCCGCCGAACAUGUCACCGCCGUCGUCGUUGCAGUCCGGGACAAGAUGGACCUGGCCAUGAGUGUUGCCGUUGGCUCCAGCAUUCAGAUCUCUCUUCUCGUCACUCCUUUUCUCGUCAUCGUCAGCUGGGCCCUUGGCUCAGAUAUGAGCUUUCGCUUUGAGGCUUUCCAAACCGCUGUCUUUUUGGUCGCCGUUCUUGUCGUUACGUACACCGUGCAAGACGGCAAAUCCAACUACCUUGAGGGCGCUAUGCUUCUCGGCCUCUACGCCAUUAUCGCCCUAGCCUUCCUCGUCAUCCCCAGUAACCUCGUUAGCGGAGAGCUUCAGGCCUAG